GGAGGAGGAGGGGGAGGCGGCCGCGGCUAUUGUCAGCAGCGGGAGGAAAAGUUCUCGGUGUCGGAGGGAGAGAAGUUUUGAAAUGGCAGAGACUGUGCGGGCAGAGUCCGGGAGCUGAGCCGGGAGACUCUGACAUAUGAGUUGAGGAAAAUAUUUCCGGAAGGAUUGCUUGCACACCAUACGUCAACGAAAUGCAUAGACCGGGUGAUCCCACCAAGACCCGACAUAGGAUGCAUCUGCCCCAGAGAUUGAGGAGUGUGGAAGUUGCCCGGGGAAGAACGGGGUAUGGCUUUACCCUUUCUGGACAAUCUCCUUGUGUCAUAGGUAGUGUCAUUAAGGAAAGUCCUGCAGAAUUUGUGGGGCUAAAACCUGGAGAUCACAUAUGUGUUGUCAAUGACAUCAGUGUCAAGAAUGCUUCUCACGAAGACGUAGUCAAGCUGAUAGGGAAAUGUUCUGGCGUUCUUCAUAUGGUCAUUGCUGAAGGGGCCCGUCCUAUAGAUUCAUGCUCAAGCGAUGAGGAAAUUGCUUUCAUUGAGGGAAAGACUUUGUUAAAACCGAGGCCUGAUUCAAAAACAUUGGGCAUAAACCGAGCAGAAAGAGUGGUUGAAGAGAUGCAGUCUGGAGGAAUAUUUAGUAUGAUCUUUGAGAACCCGGUAAGUGGUGGGAAGACCAACCACCAAAACGAGAAGCACAGGUUGAGGUCAAUGUCUGCUUCUUGCUAUGAAAUGAGAAGGGACAAGACGAAUCACAACCUCGACUUUCUUUCGAAAGACGAAAUAUCGAAGAUGAUCAACAGCGACUCAGUGUUCACCAAUGGUCUGCAGAACUUGGAAGACUUUGAGUUGGAUGCAAGCAUUCUAAACGUUGGCAUGAUAGUUGGGUACCUUGGUUCCAUCGAACUCCCUUCUACAAGCUCUAACCUUGAGUAUGACAGCUUGCAGGCCAUCCGAGGGUGCAUGAGACGUCUCCGAGCAGAACAAAAAAUACACUCCCUCGUUCUGAUGAAAAUCAUGCAUGACAAUAUUCAGCUGUGUAACGAUAAGGCAGCCGUCAUAGCUGUGUACCCAGCAGAGAAGUUGGCAUUCAGCGCAGUUUGUCCCGAUGACAGAAGAUUUUUUGGACUUGUAACAAUGCAAAGUAGCGAUGACCAAAGCUUGGCGCAAGAAGAAGAAGGAGUUCUGAGGACCUCUUGUCAUGUCUUUAUGGUAGAUCCUGAAUUGUUCCACCAUAAAAUACAUCAAGGCAUUGCCAGACGAUUUGGAUUUGAAUGCACCCCUGACCCGGAUACUAAUGGCUGCUUGGAAUUUCCGCCUUCUUCCCUUCCGGUUCUGCAGUUUGUCUCCGUCCUAUAUAGAGACAUGGGUGAGAUGAUAGAAGGGGUGAGAGCAAGGGCGUUCCUCGACAAUGAUGCUGAUGCCCAUCAGAACAACAGCACCGGCAGCAACAGCGAUAGUGGCAUCGGGAACUUUAAUCAGGAUGAAAAACCAAAUCGGGUGUUGGUGGUUGAUUUGGGAAGUGCCCCAACCAAGCAUAUUCCGCAUGGUAUUUGGGAGAAUCCAUCAGGAAGAGUGCAGAGCCAGUCUGUUCUCCACUGGAACGGCUAUUGCAAUGAGGACCCACCACAUGGAGCUGUAGCUGAUAAACCUCAAAACUUUAAGAAGCAUUUAGGUCCUUCUGCUCGCAUCGAAGUUCCGGUGAUCUCACCCCGAGGACCACAGCCUCCCUCAAAUAAGUUCAAUGCUCUAGAGGGCCAGAAGAAAUGGCUGCCUGUUCAUGUAAUUCAGGAUUGGCAACAGGGGAACGUCAGUGAUCAGGAAUCAUACGCCGACUCCACCGACGGCUGGUCGAGUGUUAAUUGUGGAACCUUACCUCCUCCUAUGAGUAAAAUCCCAGCUGACAGAUACAGAGUUGAAGGGAGCUUUGUACCACCUUCUGCUCGCAAAGACGACUGGCCCAAGAAAGCGUUUGACAUUCAGCAGAUAUUUGGCAGUGGACAUGGUUCCAAGAAGACCAGGGAAGACCGAAAGAGCUCAAAAUUUGGCCCUACCAAUGGGAUGGUUCAAGGUCCACAGCGUUCUUCAGGGCGUAGGUCACUUGGAAGAUCUAAGAGGUUCAGCGUCACAAGGUCUCUGGACAACCUGGAGGCCGCCACCGUCUCAGAUGGAGAACUGAACAGCACUGAUCUAAAAGGAUGCAUCAGCGAGAACAGCCUAAGCAGCAAUGCCAGCCUGCCCAGCGUGCAGAGCUGCCGAAGACUUGGAGAGCGCCGGGUGGCCAGUUGGGCUGUGUCCUUUGAAAGGCUCCUCCAGGAUCCAGUCGGGGUUCGAUAUUUCACGGAAUUUCUGAAGAAAGAAUUCAGCGAGGAGAACAUCUUGUUCUGGCAGUCCUGUGAAUAUUUUAGUCGCGUUCCAGCUCAUGACAAAAAUGAGCUGACGUACAGAGCUCGGGAGAUAUUUAAUAAGUUCUUAAGCAGCAAAGCAACCACACCAGUAAACAUUGACAGCCAGGCACAACUGGCGGACGACAUACUGAAUGCUCCGCACCCCGAUAUGUUUAAAGAACAGCAGCUCCAGAUUUUUAACCUCAUGAAAUUUGACAGCUACACCCGGUUCCUGAAGUCUCACCUGUACCAAGAAUGUAUGCUUGCAGAAGUGGAGGGGAGAUCCCUCCCAGACCCCCAAGAGAUACCAAGCAGUCCCACCUCAAAACACAGCAUUAGCUCUGACCGCUCCAAUAUCUCUACUCCUAAGAAGCAAUCCAGCAAGAAAACCAAGUCGGGGAGGUCUCUGAAUGACGAGUCUGGAGGGGAGGAAGAGAACGAGAAGAAGAAGAAAGGAACCUUCUUUUCUUGGUCAAGGAGUAAAAGCAUUGGGAAGUCUCAGAAAAAGAGAGAGAACGGAGAGAUCCCUAAUGAAUCCUCUAUCAACGGGGCUCCCAGCAGGAGGAGAGAGUCGCAAGGUUCUGUAUCCUCUUCGGCAAGUCUUGAGAUGAUUAAUUGUGGCAGUAAUGGCAAUGUACUCGAGCUUGAAUCGUCAAGAGUGUCUUCUUCCGAGAAACCCCCCAAGCACUGCUACAUCACCAUGCCGGACGGCUCCUCCUGUGCCAUGGCUGUGAAAAGCGGCUUCUCCAUUAAAGAGAUCCUGAGCGGCCUCUGCGAGAAACACGGCUUUAACAUUGCUGCAGUGGAUCUCUUCUUAGUCGGGGGCAGCAAGCCUCUCGUUCUGAGCCAAGACAGCAGCAUUCUGGAGUCCCGGGAUCUAAGAAUAGAGAAACGGACUUUAUUUCGUUUGGAUCUUGUACCAAUUAACAGAUCCGUGGGGCUGAAAGCCAAACCAACAAAGCCUGUAACCGAGGUCCUGCGUCCAGUUGUGGCGAAAUAUGGGCUGAAUCUUGGCGAGCUGGUGGCGAGGCUUAGUGGGGAACAAGAGCCUUUAGACUUGGGUGUCCCUAUUUCUACCUUGGAUGGACAGAGGGUUGUGUUGGAAGAGAAGGAGAACUCCAGGACUAAGGACAAGUCCAAGAACCCAAUGAUGAAAUCGACUUCUGCAAGCUCCAGGAUUAAUACUGUGGGAGAAGAUCGGCCUCUUGUGAAAUCCUCAUCCAUCCGACUGAAGGGCGAGUACGGCAAAGGAAGCAGCAGGGAUGUUCGGCUGCAGAGAAAAGAUGAAGCCGUUAUGAGGAUGGGCAGGAAGAAGCAGCAUAAAAUUAAUCUGGAUGAAGCUGAAGCCUUCUUUGAGCUAAUUUCUAAAGCUCAGAGUAACCGGGCGGAAGACCAGAGAGGACUUCUCCGGAAAGAAGACCUGGUACUUCCAGAUUUUCUACGUCUGUCUCCACUUGACACAACUUCCUCCAGCCUAACGUCAGGAAACCCCACCAAGAGGAGGCCUGAAAAGAGUAGUAGUCUUGACAAGGGCAAUAAUGGGUCAUCCAGUGUAUUUUUAGGUACGCAAAACUUCGGGGACAAGUCCAGCAAGUACACCGGACUGGACAAAAGGGACAAACAUGACAUUGUGCCACCUGCCGGAAGGAAACCAUACAUUCCUUUUAAUGCUCCCCUGUCUCCGAUUCCACAUCUUCAAGAAAGAAACGCCCCCAACCGAGAGAGACUAUCGAGAGACUUGUCCACUGCAAAUAUCCAGACUGUAGAAGAUGACAAUGUCGCCGAUCUCACCCUAGUGGCCGAAGGCGACAUUAGCAGUCCCAAUAGCACUUUACUACCAUUACCCCCAUCUCCACACUGUGAUGUCAGUAAGCUCUCCGAAGCCAACUUUUCACCCCCACCGCCAUGCUCGGGCACUCAUGAUAAGUCUGGAUAUCAGAAAUCAGGUAACAGGGACAGAAAGAAAAAGCUGUCUCGAAGCACAGAGAGUUUUUGGGAGUGGGACCACACUCCAGAUUUGAAAGACAAAGCCACUAGUAGACGCAACAGUUCAGCUCAUCGUUCACAAUCCGGUAGAGUCAUCAAUGUGGAUGGAGUCAAACAGACACCAAGAAAGCAAGACUCCGGGGAAGACACGGGAAACCUGAGCUUUGAGGGCUACAUUUCUGAACUGAAAGCUUGCAAGGGACGAACAAGAACGGGGGUGUGCAGGACAUCUGACCUACCAUCAAUGGUCACUGCUAAGAGUGAAAGAAGCAAAGACUCAGACACAAAAUAUAAAGCUACUUUUGUGUAAAUAGUGGCAAUCCCGGGGGCAAUGGUAACUUACAACUGGUGAAGAACCAGGGGUGUAGCUAGCACAUAGCAGUCACACCUGGGUCCAGUGCCUGAGGGGUCCAAAGGCUUUAUAAGCAUACAUUGGUAUUGUAAAUGCCACAUAUUUUGUAGUCCCAUAAAAUAUUUUUCAUUGGUUCCUAGAAGCCUUUAUUUACUAGAAGACACUGCCACAAGACUGUGAACAUCAUGUUUUUUCAUUUUUGAGGUCCCCUGAUUGAGAACCCUUUCCAUUCUCUAAAUUAUGGAUUUUUGUGUUUAUUUUACCAAUUGUUUUUUUGGAUGCUUCACAUGGGGUAUGUAGACUUUGUCCUGCUUAUAAAAGGGUGCUAUAUUUUUCGGCACAUGUUCACAGAAGAUGGUCACACUCUAUUUGUCUACCACUUUCUCCCUUGUAUGGUUAUAUUGCUUUUAUUAUAGGUCUAUAUUCAUAAACCAGACAUAGCGACUGUAUGGCCCCAAAACUCUCAAUACACCGCAACUAAGUGAGUCAUUUUUGCCAUUAAGAUGGACAUUUAUCAUCUUUCUUGCACCAGAAAAGUGGCUUUAAAAAGUCACAAGUGGCGUGUUUGUGACUUUUUAAAUGCAACUAUUUGAAAGAAAGUCGCAAGUGGCUCAUUUUAUGCUGCCCAUGCCACCCAAUUUUUGGCCUUCUAUCAAUUUUUUAAGGGCGUUUUUUUCAUUGUUUUUUUUUUUUUUAACUCAACCCCCAUAAUGCCCUCCCAUAGUGCCCCAUGGACAUCCAAUGUCUCCCCAACAGUCCCCCAGUAUAUCUAAGAGCCCCAGUAUAUAUAACCGUGCUGACAGAUCCUUUAAAAACAUAAAACUCACUACUUGCACUCUAGGAUAAGGUGUUUCCUAGUGUUCAAGUGGUGAGGUGAGUAUUUUUUAAUUUUAACCCCUGAAAGACUCUUUUAUUUAAAAAAAAGUGUGCACCCACCUAAAUGGCGUAAAUGGGACCAUUGUUUUAAAUGGUGUCCGUCUGGCCUGAAAACGGCCAAAAGUAGGACAUGUCCAUGGGCAGAUUGGCCAUAUACCCUACAUGGAAAUUUCCAGUGGGCCGAUGCUUAGGUGGUCGUCCAAGCCCUUUUUUCACAGGUGUUCACUUUCCCUGCAAUGUCCUCACAGGUGAAAUGAAGGACUGCACAGUUCCUGGCAUGGCCACUCCGGGUCCUCCGGAGCGACACUCUCUGAAUGAGGGACACUCCUCUAUUAAUGACUAAUAUGACUUAGAGCCUAUAAUAAGGACUACGAAUAGGAUCCAAUGGGACAAAGCUGGGGGAAAAAAAUCCUAACUUUCCCUGCAGUCUGAAUGUGGCCUAAGGGAAAUGAUGUUAUCCUAUCCCCGGUCCCUUCCUCCAUCCCCUUCUAUGGAAUAAUUGUCUGCAGUAAAAACCUCUACAGAAGCAGAUUUUAUGGCGGUGCAGUGGUGCAGCCCUGUGCUGCACUACCGCCACCAACCCUGAAUACGUCCUUGACAAUGUACGUUCACAGCGAUGAGCUACUUUUUAUGCCUUUACGCUGUGUCUGCAUUCUAUAUGUGACGCUUGGAGGAGAUGAAUGCACUUUGCCGUCUUGUCACUGUUCAUUUUUUUUCCGUUGUCAUUAUGAAAAUCGUCUUUUUUCAUUUCAAUUAAAAGCAUGAAAUCAUUUGUCCAUGACAUUCGUGACGUUGACACCUCGCAGCAGCAGGUGGGAAAGUCACUUAAAUUAUUCUGUGCUGUAUUUGAGCUGCCGCCGUCGUGUUUGGGACGUUGUUAUGAUCCUGUUGUAAAAAAAAAAAAAGUGAGG